UGCGCUUGCGCUUCUGUUUGUUCGCUUGUGGAAUUUUGUACGUUGACUUUUGAUUUUAUAGUCAAAAAGUGUUUUUGUUAAGUGUUAGUAAAUGUUUCAAGUAUUUAGUAGAAAUUUUAUUUGACAAUGACUAUGCAGAUGACAGUAAGCAGUAAGCUUGAUACAAAUUGCAAGCAACGGUAUAGAUUUGCUGACCCUGAACGCGUUAAAAAAGAUCUCGAAAACGAGCGUCGCAUAACUCGUUUACAACAGGUACGCGAGAAAUCCAGCACCUUGGCUCGCCACAUACGCCAAGAAGUGGCGACGGAACAAGCGCGUCAAUUAAGAGCACUGGAACAAGUGAAACAGCAAGAGUUAGAUACAUGGCGAGAGCAUGUUGUGGCCAAAAAAUGUCAGGACUACCGUACUUCCAUGUUUCAGGUAGGGGCCGCCCAUCGAGCCGCCCAGGUUGAAACCGAAAACGCCGAAAGGCAAAAGCAACUGCGAGCCGAAAAGAUACAACAAUGUCGCCAACUCGCAGCAAAGCGUGUAACUCAGCACAAACCAGCAAAUGUUCUGCGCUCGACAGCGACCCGGGGCCUUAAUGUGGCGGGACGCGCCACUGCAGGCACACAAACACCAGUACAAGUAGACAGACAAAGAGAAACCGGUGGCAAAGAGAACAGAUUGUGCAAUAAUGAAGCCUGCAAAGGAGGAAAAAGACAUCAUUCGUGCAAAGCCAGGCAUGAUAAAAGACGUUCGUCAAGUAACGAUCGUAAUGAGAGAAAUAAGGAGGAAGAAAUAUUCCAAAUAACAUCCGAUAGCAACAGCAGCGAUGAUGAAGAAUCUCAACCAGCUGCCAAUGAUGCGAGCAGUGGCUCAAGACAGCUGCAAAAGACACCACCAGUUAUUUUAGAUGUGGAUGCCGAAAGUGAGGAUUCACUGGAGAUCUGCACCCACAAUGGAAUUGAAAUAAACGAUCUGUAUAUGCAGAGCAAUCGCAAAUUUAGUCGCGUUGUUCGCCCCACUCCUGGCGAAACGUCAGGACUGCAGCCACCACCAGCAUCGACCGGUGCUGCAGUGCCUGGUCGACCACGCUUCACUCAAAUCAGCGACUUGGUGCGGCGUACAAGUACAAACUUGGAGGGCGCACAGAAACAAGCAGCUGAAGAGGGAGAAGAUCGCCCAAAAAGUCCUUCGAGAUCGUCAUCACGGUCUCCUAGAAAGCCAACAAAAGAAGCUUCUCAAGCUGGCUCGUCUAAUGCUUCGCCUACUCGAACAGCGAAGGAGCCUAAUCAAAAAUCUAAGAUGUUACCACCAGACAAUCCUCAGCAGAUACCAAGGCGUUCCUCGCUGCGAACCAAUAAGCCGCACGUUCCUUCCGUUAAGGUCGUAGAUGCAGGAUUAAGGCGCAGUUCAGCACCAGUGAAACCAGCGAGUGCAGCACCAGUGAAACCAGCGAGUGCCGCCCCAGCCAAUGCUGCUGGUACAGAAAAUCUGGAGAACGCACAGCAAGCCCGUACGAAUCCCUUGCAACAACCACCCGUACAACUGUUUCACAUGCAGCAGCCACCACUCGAUCCUAUGCAAGUGCAACAGAUGAGUGUACAUCCACUGCCACCUUACAUGCCUCCGCAUCCAAUGUACGUACCACAGAUGAUGCCACCUUAUAAUAUGGUACCUUACCCCAUGCCACCAUAUCCUACGAUGCCAACCAUGGGGCAGUGCCCCGGAAAAUCACAGCCACUGCCAACUUCGGCAUCUAGUGCAUCUGGUGUUCCUUCCAACACGAUAACCAAUCCAUCGACAAGUACAUCUAAAGGGCAGAGCGGUGCAGCCAAUAACAUUGGGCACGUGCAGUUCUAUGAUCACAAUAAUAAGUAUCGUCGCAACUAUAAGGCGCCCGAGCAAAGCGUGCAAGUGAAUCCGCCAGAUUGCACAAACAUGAAUGCCAUGGAGAACGCACGCAUUGAGAAUCAGCUGCGGCAGUUACGCGAACUGGAACUGAAUAAUCUACGACAAGUCACCGAUGAACGUGGUCAGAAGGCAUUGCAACGUGAACAGGUGCGUCGCGAUUGCGCCGAACUGGAGCAGAAAUUGGAGGCAUUAGCACAGCAGCAACCGCAACUGUUGCCCAGCGAUGCAAAUUUCGUUCCAAGCCACCGCUACGCGGAUCUAGCUUUACGUCGUGAACAGAAAAUGAACGCAGCUAUGGAGGAGAUGCUUUUGCGUCCGGCCAUCGUUACCUGCCCCGAAGUGGGCGUCACCAAGCAUGUUUCACCUCGCAAAGGUAGCGUCCGUGGCAAACCGAGCGUACCGGAGGCAAUAAAUGUGGGUGACCCACCCAGCAAGAUGGAUGAUGCUGUUAGCACGGCCAGCUGCUAUUCCAUUUUGCUAGAGUACGUUGAUGAUCAGAGUAAGCAACUUCGUACAGAGCUUAAGGGAAUGCAGAGCAGUUCGUCCAAGUCAAUGAAGCUAAGGAGUUUGCUGCAGCGUAUCGAAAAGAUUCGCACUCAACUGUUAACCGAGUUGCAGGCGGGAGAUAUGUCCGACAAUAAUGCACAGAAAGUGAUCGAUUCGAUACGCAAGGAGCGCGCCGACAUAUUCACAGGCAGUGCAAGCAAUAUAAGCCAGCGAGAAAUGGAAUUGCGGCAGAAGGAGGAGUUAUUGGAGCAACGCAUACGAGUGCUAUACAAGCGGCAGAAACAAAGCGAUGGGCAAAAGGAGCGCAAGAAGAAGGACGAUAGCCCUGUCGAGAUCAUAAUCAAGGUGACCAGUGACGGCAGUGUUAAACAAUGUAUUCCCAAAUAUAAAUCUCUGGACAAACUCCAGAGCAAGUCCGACUCCAAUUCAAAGCCAACCACAUCAUCUUCCCAGCCCAGUGAAAAAUCACCCAUAGUUACAACUGCUCAAGUCCAUCGGCAGAACUCGAUAGAUUCCACUUCAACGUCGUAUCGCGAAUUGCCGCCAGUCAGCUAUAAAAACACAAAUCCUGUAGAGGCAGUCAGCGCUACUCUGCCGGGUCAACCAGCUGCUGAGCCUCUGCAUCCAAUGCUCGUUCGUUAUGUCGAUCGCUUGCUGGACAUGUCGCGCGCCUCCUUAGAUCAGUUAGGUGUCCCUGGCUCUGAAAUGGCAACCCCAACGGAAUCGAUAAUCAACAAUCCUAGCAAUCUGCCACUUGAUACCUUAGGAAAUGACACUUUACUAGAUAAUGAGCGUAUGGAGCGUGUGCAAGCCUUCAUCCAAGAAAAUCGUUGUUUUGUAUCUGAGCUUGAGGACACGUUGCGCAGUCAACACAAAGAUCAAGACAGGACGGGACAGGGAGAGCAAAUAAAUAGGGAACGCAACAUGGACGAAGAUCAUCAGAAAUGGAAAACACGCUUGUCCAGGCAGCAGUACCUGCCGCAGCAACAGCAAAGUCGGCAGCAGCAGCAGCAGGUACAGAAUAAUCAAAUAGCUACGACUACAACGCGCAUUGCUGAACCUGCGCAGAGACCACAAGCUGCGGAGGCAACCAAGAGCAAAUCUCCGACUUCGGAUAAAUGUUCAGUACAGCAGAUCGAACGUUAUGCCAAACUCACGGAGAACUGCACACAGCGUAUUGCAGAGCUAACGGAACUAAUAAGCAAGGUGCGUGAGGAAAAGCAGCGUCUGGUCGAAGUCACACUAACUUCGGCCAGUGAAGGAGAGCGCCACUCGACAGAGUAUUACGAUUUGCCACCGUUGCCAGGGCAGCAACGCUCUCGCUCCGCAUCAGAGCGUAGUGACAGCCAUAAUACGACGACAUCCCAGUCUGAAGCUUUGCCGUUGCAGAAGAACAAGCCCACGGGUGCCAGUCUGGACAGCGGUAUAUCUAUUUCACGACCGCUAACAGCACUGGGCCAGGUAGAUCUCCAAGAGCCCGAGCCACAGUCGUUGCCCCCUUCCACACCGAGCAGUGGAGCACGUCGCUGCAAAGGGCCACCAGCCACAAUACGUCGUUAUAGCCCACAGUUGACCGCUGAGGAGCUGGCGCACGAGCUGUCCACUAUUACCGAGGUGGAUACGCCAGCGCAGUCGCAUAUUGUGCCUGCAGCACCGGCAGCAGUUCCGUUUCCCAGCUUCUACCAGUAUGCACGGGAGCUACAUCUUGACCUGGCUAACCUGGAUACGAAUCAAACUAGUCGACUGCAGCACGAAUUUGAAGAACUCAUUCAAACCAUCAAGAAACGAGGCCGUGAUGUUGACUAUCGUGAGUUUCCCAGUAUCAGUGCUUACUUACAUAACAUUACCGCAACAGCGACGUAUAUGGACAGCACAAAGGAUCAACAAUCCUUGCAAGUCGAAGAGAUUUUGCAGCGCCUGCGCGUGCAUAAUAUCAGUAUACGGGAAUUUCCUAACAGGCGUGACUACAUACAACAGUUGCUGGAGAGGGAGCCCCCCGAACAACGGGAGCUGAUUGACAGCGCCAGCCUGGACAGCAGCGAUUCCAUGAAUGUUGAGGCAGAGCUGCGUCAGAGGCGCAUACUCAGGUCAUCGUUUAAGCGGGAUACACGACCGUGCGAGAUGCCUGACCUGGAGAUAGCCAGCAGCACACGACGCGAUAGUGCCCCGCCGGAUGCCGCUACAUAUUCGCUCAAUGAAAGUGGCAUAGCACCAUUGUCCAGGUCGCCGUUGACUAUCGAAGUGCAGGUCGAUAUAGAGCGCAUGGCUGCGCUCACUCUCAAUCAGAGGGAGCAGCCGCAACCUGCUGAGCCCAUGAACACUAGCGCCGGCAGUGGUUCAUCAGGGGUCCAUCAAAGAUUUUCUGGCGGCAAUGUAGAACAACCCUCAUUCAGAGAGUCUGCUUCGGACACACCGCAAGAUGUCAGUCAGAUGGGGCGAUCACUUAAUUUGCGUGAAUUUCUUACCAAAGAGCUGCUGAAGCACCGUGUGGUCGGUAGAGGCAGCAACUCUGAGAGCACCGACGAAUCGAUAAAAAGCAACUUUCUGCAAUCUGUGAUUGAUUCUCUGUCACCAAGCUCAGCAAACUCUCCAGCGCUUGGACAUGCCACCAAUGGCACCAACGAUAGACAAAAGACUUCGACACCCGUUGGCUCAUUUCACACCACGCAGGAUAAAGCGGGCUCGGUGCACAGCGCAGACACCCAACUAUUCUCAGUCGAGAGUCGCAUAUCAGCGGUCAACUAUGCCGAUGGCACACCGCCAGUGCCUUACGAGCAGCAAACCACUUCUGCCGCAAAAUCGUCAGCGGGCCGCAGCACAAAGACUGCCGAUCGACUGUCCAGAAAAUGAUGUAUAGCUUUAUCAAGUUUUUCAUAUAAUUCCAUUUUACUUGUAUGUGUUGCUCAUUGUUUAUCAUCCUUACUGUGACAUUCAACUGCUAUAAUCGUCAAAACGCAAUCUUUAUGAUAAUUAUUUAUAUAUAUUUUU